UCCUUUCUCUUGUACUGUUCGCGAAGUGGCUUGGGUCCGUUAUCUCCUCUCAUUUCCACAACAUCUACACUGAUCCGACGAUCAAUCGCCUAUCUUUCCUUUCGUUUCCCUGUUAGCCAUCUCAUACGAUCCUUAAUACCUUCCAAUGAAGUUAUCAAAAUUCAUUGCUGCAUCAGUGGGCGCAUUUGGCUUGGUGCGCUCAGGUUGCAGCCAAAUACUCAGCCAUAGGCCCUCUGAAGGUGCAGGUGUCUCCUACAGCAUAAAUGUACCUCAGAAUACGUCGCUGUCAGGGUCUGGUCCCAUCUUCCUUCAAUUGAAGGCUCCACCUGGUACCAAAUGGUUCGCCCUGGGUCAAGGGUCCCAGAUGACGGAUGGGAACAUGUUCAUUGUAUACUCAGCAUCCAUGCACAACGUCACCCUGUCCACUCGGAGAGCAACUGGUCAUGUAGAGCCGCUUUAUGACCCGAGUAUCCAAGCUCACCUUCUUGACGGGUCCGGCAUCCACAAUGGGGUGAUGACCGCCAACAUCCGUUGCGACAAUUGUACAACUUUGAUUGAUGGGGAGAGUGCACUAGGGAAUUCCAGUCCUUGGACGUGGGCAUUGACGCAUGGCCAUCCGCUGAUGUCCAGCAAUUUAUCUGAAAAGUUGUAUCAGCAUGACUGGCACGGUUCUUUCUCCUUGAAUUUGACCCAAGCUGUUGGUGGUAACAAUAGCAACCCGUUUAUCGUUCCGAUGCGGUCCUUGUUCGAAUCAUACGCCCACCAGCGGCAAGUCAGCGAUACCCUUCUUCACAAAAAGCGAAUCGCCCAUGGCGUGAUGACCUCAGUGGCCUUUGUUCUUCUUUUCCCUAACUUCGCCCUUCUUUUAUACAUUGUCCCGUCCCGUCGUACCGUCCCGUGGGUGCAUGCCCCUCUUCAGCUAUUUGCCGUGCUUUUGGCCUUGGCCGGGUUCGGGGUGGGGAUUUCUGUCUCCAAAGAUCUCCAGGAGAUCGGUGGUUACCAUCCGGUCAUCGGUUAUGUGGCGGUCGGUGGUGUUGUGCUCAUCCAGCCACUCCUGGGCAUUAUGCAGCAUCUGCAUUUCCGCAAGACGGGAACGAGUUCGCUGUAUGGCGUCUCCCACCGUUACCUAGGACGGUUUUUUGCUGCCCUGGGGGUCAUCAAUGGCGGAAUAGGCUUUCAUUAUGCCACCGCCAAAAACCCCGAUAUCCCGCGAGCUUCUCCGCUCGCUUAUGGCAUCAUAUGUGGAUCGAUGUUUGUUAUUUACGUCUCCGUCAUUCUUUGGAGAAGGUCAAAAUCGCAGGCGAAACCCUCGAAGGGUUACAGAUUGCCAUUCUUCGGAUCUCGACAAGAUAAACCAACUAUCGCCACGCUUGAUAACAGUAGCGACAAUACACUUUGCGCAACUGAUGAGGUUCAAGCGUCUCGGGAGAAGCCAUGGCUGUCAUGAAGGUUACACAGAAUAUCACGAUCGUUAAUAGCAUUUUGUACUACCAAGCGUACAUUAUCGUUGGGGUUUGCAUAUCCGGAGUUCGUCCUACAGCCUACUCAU